UGUUUUGCAAAAGCCACCAACACUCCAUGUGCUUCAUCUUUCCUACCCUUGUUCUUGCUCCUUUUUGGCUUGGAAGAAUCUAUCUUUUAUCGAGAGAGAGAGAGAGAGAGAGAGAGAGAGGCGCUCAGUUCUAAUCAUGGAGGUGUUCUGGCAUUGCAUGUGCAUCAGUCACCCCUGCCCACUUGGUACUUUUCAGUGUCCCCCUCAAACCAAUCUUCAACAUAUAGUCUCUCUCUCUCUCAUGUAUAUUCUUCUCCAAUUUUCUCGUUUCCUUAACGUUAAAAUUAAGAAGACUUAGCCAGAAGCAGUUGAUCAUAGCCACCAGAGAUGAGCAGCCUAGCACCUUGCAGCCGAUCUUGGUCCAUAAGCGAGGAUUCACUCAGAAGGUAUGUGCACUUUGCUAGUGAGAGCUGCAUACAGGAGUUACUGUCGGCUUCAGACUCAAACAGGGCUGGUAAUGCCAAUGAUGGCUGGAAGCUUCUUACUCUUGAAAACGGAGUAGAGAUAUCCAAGCGCAGGUCUGGGUCGCUUCACACAUUUCGCAGCCGUUGGCUGCUCAGAUCAGUAUCGCCCCAACAAUUCAUUACUGUUGCUAAUGCCAUUGAUGCUGCAAAGCAAUGGGACCCUGAUCUGGUGGAAGCCAGGUACAUAAAAGAUCUCGAGGACAAUCUUAGUAUCAUCCGGCUCAGGUUUGGUGAUAGCUCUAAGCCUCUCUUUAGGAACAGAGAAUUCAUAGUCUACGAGCGACGGGAAACCAUGGAAGAUGGCACCCUUGUGGUAGCAGUGGCUUCACUGCCCAAGGAGAUAGCUGCUGGAUUGCAUCCAAAGCAAAAUAAUGCGAUCAGAGGACUUCUGCUUCAGUCAGGGUGGGUCGUGGAGAAACUUGAAGAUGACUCCUGCAUGGUCACUUAUGUUGUUCAGUUAGAUCCUGCAGGAUGGCUGCCCAAGUGCUUUGUCAAUCGACUUAACACAAAGCUGGUUAUGAUCAUUGAAAACCUUAGGAAACUAGCGCAAGCUUGUCCAAUGGAAGAGAUUAAUGCGUAGUGCGGUGGAACAAUUAUUCAUCGAUAGUCCUAAUUAAUGCCCCAAUUUAGCACUCUCUUGAACUUGGAAUUUGCUACUUUCAGCAUGAACGCGCGAGUGUGAAUAUUAGAACAUCAAUUCUCUGAUGUUCAGCAGGCGUGGAGUCAGUCUUAUGGGAUUUGUUUUGAACUAUGAAUGUUAUGAUUAAUACAAGUUAUGUGCGCAUUAACAAAGAUUAA